AUGGGUGCACAGGAGAGCGUCUUGCAGAUGGAGGAGCGCCAGGCCGCGGACCCUGAUGGCAAGUGGCUUGUUGGCUCGCUCACGCCGAAGUCCGAGUCAGCCAAAAUCAAUGCCGUCGGGUUUGGCUUCAAUGAUUCCCUGCAGCAAGAUCCGGCUUCAGCACGGGUUUUCGCACAUUCCUUGGCAUCGGGUGCUUUCAAAGAUGAGUUUGUUGUGCAGCUGAAAGGUGUUGCCGACGUUCAAUUCUGGCAAGGUGUUCGGUGCAGGUCUGAUUUCGAACAUUUGCAUGAGGAGCUGGGACGAGAACAUGGCGGGGAAAUCAUACAGCCUCUUCCCAACCGCGCAGCCGAAUACUUCAAGAUGCAGCCAGUGGUCUGGAGCGUCUACAUGCGCGAAAGCAGUGUAGGCUUGGAGGACUGGCUGAACCAAGUUAUUGACGCAGGCUUUGGCCGCGCAGGGUCUUUCAAGAGGUUUCUAUCGAACCAAGCGACCCAAGGGCCCACAGGCAUCCAUGGCUGGGACAGUGCCUCGCACAUGAUUUUGUCCUUGCCGAUGCUGGACGAUGUGAUCAACUUUUUGGAGGAGCCCCUCGAUGUGGCCCACUUGUGCGAGCUGUCGUCGAAAACAAUUCUCGAGAACGGCAAGCUCUUCUGUCCCACGCAGUGGGAACGCAUGUAUGCUGAGCGUUGGCCGGCAUUCCAUGAAGCCCAGUGCCAUAUGUCAGAAGUGACUCACAUGAAAACGGAUUGGAAGUCUGUGUACCGCCACACGUGUUCUGGAAAGUAUGAAGCAUUGUUGGAGGUGUACGACCGGGAGAAGAAGCUCGGCUUUGCUAUGUCCUGCAUGUUGGCCAAGGUCAGCUGGGACGCCAACAUCAAUUGCUAUAUUACCAGCUACGUGAGUGCCAGCCAGGUGCUUCCCGAGAAGAUCCCAUACCACGAAGGGUACAGGCUGCGAUUCUGCAGGCCGUCUGUGCGCGAAGAGCUGAAACCUGAGCUCAUGCCUCCGCUCGCCCCGGAAGUGUAUGGCUAUCGUGUUCUUCACGAUGUGCCCGACCUCAAAGUGGGCCAGGGCUUGGAGCUCCAGUGGAAGAUGCAGCAAGGCAGCCCUUUCGGCUGGUGGUUCGGCACUGUGGAGUCUGUUGUGCGGGACCCCAACAGCACGAAGGCAAUCGUCACCAUGACUUUUGAUCACUUCCCGGCCACUUCCCGGUGGCGCCGUCUACAGAUUACUGUAGGAGAUGGUGCAACGCGGCCAUGUGCCAUAGGCGGCUGGCAUGGCGGUGUGCGAGCAGUGAGCCCAUCGGAGAAGAAGGAAUGGGCAAAAUUCUUUCCAAAGGAACCGGUGAUUUUCUGA